UGGUAAACAGAAUUUGAAACGUGAGCAACACGGUUGGCAGGCCCUGGUGAACUGCACUGCUGACCUGGAAGGCCGGGCUGCCCCCUCCAUGGCCCUCGUGUUCAUUCUCGCGUCGGUCCUCGGCGGCUGCUUGUGGUGGUGACGAUGCUGCUGGCUGCUGCUGGCUCCGGGCGCCUCCUGGAAUGAGCUGUGAUUUUUGUGUCUCCUUUUGCAGCUCUGACAAGAAAGCUCACAUCAACACAGAAGGACACUUACUUCUUCAGGUCUGCAAAGGCCGCCUCUCAGAGAGGCCCAGGUGCCCACAGACGUGGCCCCCAGGGCUUUUCCCGCAGCUGGCAUGUACAACCCUCUGAACAUUUCUGAUGUCAUCCACCUUAUCUUCUUAGGAUUUGUGCUGUCUUUAAGCAGCUGCACUGUUCACCCUGGGAUCUGGGGCAAAGUGCUGGUGUCCACAUGAGGAGGGGCAGGAGGUGUCCCUGUGGGUGGGGAAGCAGUGCUGGGUGGAGAUGGCUGGCAAGGGGACGUGGCAGAGAGACGGAGGUGCAUUGCUCUAGAGAUGGGGGUGCGUUUCUCCUCCCUCACAGCGGCUGCCCAUGCAAGGACAGUUCUUAGGAGAAUAACCAUGGACAGUCAAUGACAUGGGCCGAAAUUUGGUGGGGGUUGUGGAUCUCAGCUCUCAAGGAGGGUUCUGCCCAGAGCUCCCCGCCAGGCCGGCAGCCUCCUGAAUAUUAUUCUCCCAGAGGAAGGCUCUGAGCUGACUGAGCCCUGGCCUGAUUGUAAGUGUGUAGAGGGGUGGAGGAGAGUCGGUCCAGCAGGGGGGUUCCACGGAGAAUUUCUUCCCUUGCAGGAAGUGGGAGGGAGGCAGGACAGGUAGAAAUCUCCAUCCCCAGGGUUUCCAUAUCCUCACAGCCAGCAGGCCAGCCUGGGAGGAGGUACCAGAAGGGCAGUGAGGUUGGUCUGAGUUUGAACCCUGUGCCAGCACAUGCGAGCAUGUGUCUGGGCAAGGCACGUCCUUCAGCAGGUGUUUACUGAGCAUCUGUGUGCAGGGCCCUGUGUACCUGUUGUCACAGCAACCCAACCUGCCCUCAGCCAUACCUUGGCAAGAUGUGCUCCUUUUCCAGGUGCCACCACUGAAGCUGCAGAUGCUCUGGUGGAGGCACAGCAGAGGACGGGAGCAGGGCCUGCUGGGCCCUCAGGCAGAGCCACCCUGAGGCUGCCCACCACUGCCCAGGCAAGACUUUGUGAUGCAACAAAUGGCCCAGGCUGGCCUCUUGUCCCCUGGCUCCUCUGUUGUCAGUGGGAGGGGGGUCCCUGGGGGAGGGACAGCCCCACUGUGUCCACUCCUCCCCGGCCAGCCAGUCACUUCCAUCACCUCUGCCACACCCGGCCCCUUCAUCAUCAGUUUAUACAUCCAUAACCACUGGGAAGCCGCAGACCAGGCACCGUGGGAUGCGGAAGUGGAGACCGAGAGGCUGCUGCCGGAGAAAUAUGCAGAGCAGACGAGAGGGUAAUGGGCAUUCCAGUCUCGAGGGGGACUCUGUGAUCUGUGAUUCCCUGGCCCUCCUAGUGCACAAGCUGGCUGGGCUCACCGAGCUGCACCACUGCCUGUCAGUGUGGAGAUCAUGCCUGGCACCCAGCCCAGCCCACAGAGGUGAGGAAACUGAAACCCAGAGAGGCCCAGGAAUGGGCCACAGUCAGCAGAUGGGAAGCCACUUGCCAAGGCCAGGUCUGCUGCCAGUCCCAAGCACCGCACCAGCCAUAGCCAUGAUCUCCUCCAGAAAGCACCUUGGCGCCAGCAGCUCAGAGCCCCUCCCGGUUAUCAUCGUGGGCAACGGCCCCUCUGGUAUCUGCCUGUCCUACCUGCUCUCCGGCUACACACCCUACGUGAAGCCAGAUGCCGUCCACCCACACCCCCUGCUGCAGAGGAAGCUCACCGAGGCCCUGGGGGUCUCCAUCCUGGACCAGGACCUGGACUACCUGUCCGAAGGCCUUGAGGGCCGAUGCCAAAGCCCCGUGGCUCUGCUCUUUGAUGCCCUCCUGCGCCCAGACACAGACUUCGGGGGAAACAUGGAGUCGGUUCUCACCUGGAAGCACCAGGAGGAGCACGCCAUCCCCCACUUAGUUCUGGGCCGGAACCUCCCCGGGGGAGCCUGGCACUCCAUCGAAGGCUCCAUGGUGACCCUGAGCCAGGGCCAGUGGAUGGGACUCCCAGACCUGGAGGUCAAGGACUGGCUGCAGAAGAAGCGAAGAGGCCUUCGCAAGAGCCGGGCUACGGCUGGGGACAUUGCCCACUACUACAGGGACUACGUCGUCAAGAAGGGUCUGGGGCAUAACUUUGUGUCCGGUGCUGUAGUCACCACCGUGGAGUGGAGGAACCCCGACCCCAGCCCUCUCUUCCAGAUUUUCCGCCGCGCGGACAAAAAUGAUGAUGGGAAGCUGUCCUUGGAGGAAUUCCAGCUCUUCUUUGCAGAUGGCGUCCUCAAUGAGAAAGAACUCGAGGAUCUCUUUCACACGAUUGAUUCUGACAACACCAACCACGUGGACACCAAGGAGCUAUGUGAUUAUUUUGUGGACCACAUGGGUGACUAUGAGGACGUCCUGGCCUCCCUGGAGACCUUGAAUCACUCUGUCCUGAAGGCCAUGGGCUACACCAAGAAGGUAUAUGAGGGCGGGAACAAUGUGGACCAGUUUGUGACCCGCUUCCUCCUGAAGGAGACGGCCAAUCAGAUCCAGUCACUGCUCAGCUCCGUGGAGAGUGCGGUGGAGGCCAUCGAGGAACAGACCAGCCAGAUCCGACAGACCCACAGCAAACCCAGCCACAGUGUGGCACAGACCUGGUGUGGAAGCCCCACUCCCCGCUCUGCCCCCAACCACAAGCUGAUGGCCACAGAACAAGGCAGGAGUCUUCCAUCUGCCGCUGAGGAUGCAAAGGAAGAGGGCCUGGAAGCUCAGAUCAGCCGCCUGGCAGAGCUGAUUGGAAGGCUGGAGAGCAAGGCACUGUGGUUUGACCUGCAGCAGCGCCUCUCGGACGAAGACGGCACCAACAUGCUGGUCCGGCAGGAGAUGGCUGUGUGCCCCGAGCAGCUGAGUGAGUUCCUGGAUUCCCUGCGACAGUAUCUGCGGGGCACUGCGGGAGAGCAGAGCUGCUUCCACAUCGCUGCCGUGAGGCUCUCAGACGGCUUUACCUUUGUUGUCUACGAGUUCUGGGAGACGGAGGAAGAGUGGAAGAGGCACCUGCAGAGCCCCGUGUGCAAGGCGUUCCGGCAUGUCAAGGUGGACACGCUAAGCCAGCCCGAGGCCCUCUCCAGGAUCUCAGUGCCAGGCUCGACGCCCAUUGCGCAGAUGAGGCACAAACCUGCAAAGAACACACGGUCACCCCCAGCUCUUCAUCAUCAAGCCCAAAGCAACCAAGAAGUCCUGGGAGCAGCCCUCAGGGACACAGAAGGCCAGCAAGGCGUCUGCCCACAGGCGCCCAUGCUCAGGCCCCCUGGUGAGGCAACGCAGUGGAACUGGAAGGAAAGAUGGGGCUGGAGUCCCAGCUCAACAUGCCCCUAGUGACUUGGCCAGAGGUCUGGCUACAACUGGCUUCCCAAAGCCUUGUCUUUCAGGCAACCUUGAUAACACCCCCUCCACGGCAGGGUCUGCAAGAAGACGGUCAGGGGCCAUGCCUGACACCUAAGUGCUCAGUAACUGGCAGCUACCCCGAUUUUAUUUUUAAUGGGUCUGCUGGGAUUCAAGACGUGUAGCUCAGCCUAAAGCUCCCGUGGGAUCCUCUCAUCCCAAACCUGUCCUGGGCAGUCCUUCCCAACAGAAAAUAGCCAGAGCUACAACCAGGUACCUGGUUACAGAAUCAGAACCUAAUCGAGAAUCCCAGACCAGGGAACUCGGGAGAAAACCACGUGGCCACACCCUCACCUCUGAGAAACUUCACCCAGAGCCUGAGGGAGGAGCCAUGUAGCCACACCCCCAGCCCUGAAAGCCCCACCCAGAGUCUGAGGCAGGUGCUGUGGUCACACCCCUUAUCUCUGAAAGCUCCACCCAGAACCUGAAGUAGAGUGGGUGGCUGCUCUCCUACCCUCCCUUCUCUUCUCCAGUUUUUAUCCCUUAAUCCCAGUAAAUGCCAAUUUACAGGAGCUAGGGCAGGCAGGGUUAGAGUCUCAAGGCACUACAUCAAAGACAACCCCUGAAUUCACCUGCUAAGAACUCAUUUUUCAUACUUCACACAUCAGUUGGCCUCUUCGAUAACCAAGGUUUCUCUGUGGCCCUCAGUUCUUCCAUCCUGGCUACUGAAGAAGCUGUCAUCACCCACUUACCUGGGACCCUGAACAAUGUUUCAUUUCCCCAUUAGAGAUUUGGAAAACCGG